AUGGAAAUAACCAUGAUGGUGGAGGAGGCUCAGAUCGAGGGGCUAAAGUUAGUGGCUGAAUCUUUGGUUGGUGGUGGAGACGUCAAAUUCUUAGUGGAGAGCAAGGGUGAUUUGUUGUUAGUGGAUGUUUAUGAUUGUACACGUAUCGGCUUCCCUGGUCACAAUCCUGUAAGGAUUCAUUUGUUUAAGCUUAAUGAGAAGGAGACGGAGUGGGUGAAGUUAAAGAGUUUAGGAGAUAUUGUUUUGUUCUUAGGGGCUGACUGUUCCUUUUCUGCAUCUGCUUCUGAUUUGUCCGUUGCCAAAGGAUGUAUCUUGGACUUGGAUAAACAUCAGCCUUCACCUUUGUCCGAUUAUCCGGAAUAUUUCAACUUGUUCCCGCAGCCUCCAGAGUGGAUCGUCAAAAGCUGCAUUCGUAACUGA